AUGAACCAGCACCAGGAAUCGCCACCGCAGGAAGGCACGGCUCUGCUUCGACACGAAUUCCACCAGGGGCUGGCAAACUGGGGAGAGCCGCGCGUGAGUCCUGGCCAGGUCGGCGCGUGCCAUUACAGUGCGCCAAACAGGAAAGACGAUUCCUCCUACUUCACACUGGACUCGGACAAGCCUUCUAAUAAACCACUGGCAGACGUUUCAGCCUUCGCCAGACUAAUGACAGACGCUGGGUCCAUGGGCAUCGGCGCGGGUCCCAUACACAACUACUUCGGUGCAGAACAGCAAUCCUACUCUGGGCCGAAAUUCCUCGAGCACAGAACUCAGGACGUGUCCUCGGCGUGUCUCCCGGACGCGUCUCAGUUAGAUACCCGACAGUUGUACAACCUGAGCUUCCCCGUCAAGCCUUGCCUUGAUAAAAAGCUCGUUAGCGAUGACUUAGAGGUCUGCAACACCGUGUGCCCAGCCCAGAGGAACAAUACUACUAUCAUCCUCACCCUCAACAACAAUCACAACAACGAGGAAGAAGUAGACCUAGGUUUACGGCAAGAAAAAGCCCUCUCAGAGAGUCCCGACGGCAAUAAAACUCCCAGACAGCAGACACAAGAAGACAGGAAAUUGGAGAACGUUCCAGGCGGAUGGUUGUCAGCGAAAGUGGGAAGGAAAAAGAGGUGCCCAUACACAAAACAACAAACGCUCGAACUGGAGAAGGAAUUCCUCUUUAAUAUGUACCUGACUCGAGAGCGCCGCCUGGAGAUAAGUAGCUACGUCAAUCUCAGCGACCGUCAAGUUAAAAUCUGGUUCCAGAAUCGCCGGAUGAAGCUUAAAAAAAUGACCAGAGAGCAUAGGACCCUGGGCGUAAAUGCACAUUACUCUAUCUGA